CAUAGGCGGGUGGCUCACUCUAGCUCUGGCCUCCGGCGCACUCUAUAGUCACAACCCGCCCACCCCGAGAGCGUGAGUGUUUCCCUGGCGGGGCCUAGUCUGACAAUGCUGGCGGUGGCGGCAGCUCCGGUUUCCUGAGGCGUUAGGGCGGUGCCACCCUUUCUCGAUUCCCCUUCGGCGCAACGCAAGGCCAGGGCGAAGCCGGCGGUGCCUCUGAGGCUGAUAUGGAAGAGGCGCACAAAAGGAAUAGUAACAAUUCAACAACAUCCCCCCAAGCAACAUCUUUACAAGGUACCGCUCUACAGACAGCUCAGCUUUCUCGUAUUUCCCAACAGAUGUCCCUUAGAGGUCCAGCUCCACUGACCGUGGUACAGCUUUCUGGGGAUCAGGUCCAGGGAGUCAUUCAUACAGCUCAGACUUCCUCUGUAAUUCACUCACCACAAGGGCAGUCAGUGCAGGUGUCUUUGUCAGAGAGCGAGGAGUCACAAGAUUCCUCAGAUAGUUUAGACUCUUCACAAAAAGCCAGAGGUAUCCUCGCACGCCGUCCAUCUUAUAGAAAAAUCUUGAAUGAUCUUUCAUCUGAAGAUGCACGGGAUAGGAAAGGAGAUGAAGCAAAUCCUAGUGUGUCUCCUGUCACAUCAGUGUCUGUCCCUACACCCAUUUACCAAACCAGCACUGGAAAAUAUAUUGCCCUUGCCCCAAAUGGACCACUGCAGCUGAGCAACCCAGCUGGAGAAAGUGUGCAAGGUUUACAAACAUUUACAAAUGCUGGUGGAGCUCCCCUUUUACAGUAUGUACAGACAUCUGAUGGUCAACAGAUACUUGUGCCAAGCAACCAGGUAGUCGUGCAGACUGCAUCAGGUGAUAUGCAGACAUACCAGAUACGCAGCACACCAACCACCACUUCCCUUCCACAAACGGUUGUGAUGACAACUCCUGUCUCCUUGACAUCUCAGUCAACAAAGACAGACGAUCCACAGCUGAAGCGAGAAAUACGGCUGAUGAAAAAUAGAGAAGCAGCUCGAGAAUGUCGCAGAAAGAAGAAAGAAUACGUUAAGUGUCUUGAAAACCGAGUUGCUGUCCUUGAAAACCAGAACAAAACUCUAAUUGAAGAGCUAAAAACUUUGAAAGAUCUUUACUGCCAUAAAAAUGUGUAAAGAAAAGGCCUUUUUGGUGAACAUCAGAAUUCCAGAGGGAAUUUUCAUAUUAGUUUUUCAACAUUAAAAUGAAAGGUCAAAAGUGAAUCUCUUCUAUUCAAAUGCUACAACUUUAAAGACUGUUAAGAUUUUGUUUAGAACUUGUUUGAUGGUUGAGUUCAGAAAGGAAGUAUGAAACUUCAUAAAGAGUUCUGCUGGCACAACUGGAACCUUUAUUAAAUCAGGGUAAAUGGACAUCCACGUUCUGUCAAUCAAGAGAUUGAAUUUCUUGAGCUACAGUUGAAUCUUUAAAUGCGUGUAACAUUUGAUUGCAGUUAAAUUGCCAAAGAGCUUAGUCAUUUGCCUUUGGCUGUAAAUGUCUAUCAAUGUAUUUAACCAGCAUAGGUUCAAUUUGAUUAAUUAUCUGCUAUUCCAUUUUCUUCAGCCUCCUCCUCGUUAGGGCUCUUUUCUGAAAGUAAGCAUACAAGUUGCAGCAAGCUCUGCCCCCUGCUGAGGCAUACCAGCACAUGCAGCUUUCCACCUGAUUAUGAAUGCUGCUUUUGCAGGGUUUCCAGCCCCAUGGAAUACUGGCAUUUCAAUACAGGAGGACAGGACCUAUUGCUAGUCACUAGUUGUGUUUUCACUGCAUACAUAGAAAAGAGUCUUAACAUAUGAUGCAGGCUUUUCAGUUACGUGUAUAUAUAUUUUUUUCAAACUGUAAAUUCUAACCUGUGUGUUGAGAAAACGGGCUACUACUUUGCCUGUUGUUAAAAGCAAAUAGCUAUUUCAAGCAAUCUAAUUUAAAAAUGUGUGCUGUGUUUUCAAGUGCUGGUAAAGACAGUGAACUCUUUGUAACCAGAGACACAUGGAUAGAGUCAUAAAAACUUCUUAUAGAGUGGAUAACACAUCAUUGCUGAUACUAAUGUUUUGAUAUGCUUUAUACAACAGACCAAAUAUUGCUGGAGAAUAUUUUCAAAGGGUUUUUGUGUUAGUUUGGUCACUGGGUAGAAAAAAAAAAUCUCUGAUCUCAAUGGAAAUUUCAGGUGAACAGGCAUAGACAGAUAUUCUGUCUAAAGAUCUUGUUUUGCUUCCAUAGAUGUUGAACAAUUGCACAUUCCCUAGUGCUGCCCUGUUUUAAUAUACAACAAAUAGCAUACCAAAGGAAGAAACUUAAUAUGGUUAUAUAUAUUAAAAUACUCGAAUAUAAGAUUCAGUUUGUAAAAUCAACAGUAAUUUGUUCAAGUAAUUCCAAUUUUUAUAAGAAAGUAAUCCAGUUGUCUGAUAUAUUUUUUAUAGUUGAAGUAUUACUUUCACAAAUUCUAUAAUUGAGCUUAUAUGGAUAUUUUAAAUGUUUAUACAAUUUCAGUAAACAGAGAUAUUUUUUCCCUCUCAGAUUAUUAGCUAUAUAUUUUUAUGAGGUGCUCAAGAAAAUAUAAACCUAUUUCUAUAUAUUUCAUUUGACACAAUUUAUUGAACAAAUUUGAAGAUUAUUUUUGAAAAAAAAAAUAUUGGGUAUUGUUCACAGAAAAAGUACUGUGUAUUUGAAUUUAUUAUAAGAUGUCAGGGAUAAUAAUGUCAUUUUCGUUGGUUGUAUUUGAGAAAUGUUGAAGGAACUUUGGACAUUAACUGGAUUCUUGAGUACACAAUGAACAUUAAAUCAAAUUAAGUUUUACCCUAGUUAAUACUGAAUCAUUCCAAUGGAGCCCUUUUGAAUGUUGCCAUUAAAUGUAUUAGAGUAA